GAAACAGAAAAUAAGAACAAGCUGAUUGGCGGAAGGAGUAAAUAAAGUGUUAAUGGCGGCGCCGUGUGUCAGUAAAAGUGUAGAAAUGUGUUCUGUUUCAUUCACUGUGGAUUCGGUUUGACUCGGUUUGUCAGUACCGGAUCUGAAAUGGCCACGUUAGUUCUGGAUAACGGAGCCUAUACGGCGAAAAUAGGAUACAGUCAGGAGAAAGUCAGCGUCAUCCCAAAUUGCCAGUUUCGCUCCAAGACGUCCAGAUUAAAAACCUUCACAGCCAAUCAGCUGGAUGAGAUCAAAGACCCUUCAGGUCUCUUUUACAUCCUCCCCUUCCAGAAGGGUUAUCUGGUCAACUGGGACGUCCAGAGGAAAGUGUGGGAUCAUCUGUUUGGAAAGGAGAUGUUCAAGGUGGAUUUCGCAGACACCAGCGUCAUCAUCACAGAGCCGUACUUCAACUUCACCUCCAUUCAGGAGUCGAUGAAUGAGAUCCUGUUUGAGGAGUACCAGUUCCAGUCGGCUCUCAGAAUAAACGCGAGUUCUCUCAGCGCUCAUCACUACUUCAGCACUAAACCUUCUGAGCUGUGCUGUUUGGUGGUGGACAGCGGAUUCUCCUUCACCCACAUCGCCCCCUACUGCCGCAGCAAGAAACUGAAGGAGGGGAUCCGCAGGAUCAAUGUUGGAGGGAAGCUGCUGACCAAUCACCUGAAGGAGAUCAUUUCGUAUCGCCAGCUACAUGUCAUGGAUGAAACUCAUGUAAUCAACCAAGUGAAAGAAGAUGUCUGCUACGUCUCCCAGCAGUUUUACAAGGACAUGGAAAUGGCACAGAUGAAGGGGGAAGAAAACUCUGUGAUGAGGGAUUAUGUUCUUCCAGAUUUCAGCUCCAUCAAAAAAGGCUUCUGCAAGCCACGAGAAGAGAUGGUCUUAAGUGGAAAGUACAAGACAGGAGAGCAGAUCUUGAGGUUGGCUAACGAGCGCUUUGCGGUUCCUGAGAUGCUCUUCCACCCGUCAGACAUCGGCAUUCAGGAGAUGGGCAUCCCAGAGGCCAUCGUGCACUCCAUCCAGUCCCUGCCAGAAGACAUGCAGCCACACUUCUACCAGAACAUCGUCCUGACUGGAGGAAACAUUUUGUUCCCCGGCUUCAGAGAGCGACUGGAGGCAGAGCUGCGAUCACUCACCCCCGCCCACCUCCCCGUGUCAGUCCUACAGCCUGCAAAUCCGAUCUGUUAUUCAUGGGAAGGAGGGAAGCUGCUGUCCCACAACCCAGACUACGACGAGAUGGUGGUGACACGAGAGGACUACGAAGAGAACGGACAUUUUAUUUGUGAAGAAAAGUUUGAUAUCUGACUGAAAGUUAAAAGAUUAUUCUGCUUCAUCAUCGACAUGAAAACAAACCUGCAUCUGAGGUGUGAGCAGAAAAAACCCCCCUGCCAGCUAAAUUCUGAUUCAAUUAAAGGAGAUUCAAACACAUAAAAUCAGAAACAAAAUGUUUUUCUACAGCAGUUUUAUUUUAUUUCAGUCUGUUUUCAAGUGUGUCUGUGCCGACCAGUCAAAAAAAGUUUUGUUGUUGGUAAAUUAUGAAACUGCAUCUUAA